AUGAGCAGUGUUUCUGGAAUUUUCUUGCUCCUCCUGUUAGUGAAUAUAGUUUUUCUGACUGCAGCCAAAGCUGUGUUACCUGAAUUAAGCCCGGACACCUAUGCCACCAACCUGGCACCUGGAAAGAAUUCACUGUUGUACUUCAGCAACACUGAGUUUGCCAACAAUGUCAUUUUUCUGGAGGAGUUACAAAAAUCUGCUGGGGUUCUGGAGGACUAUGGGAUUUAUGUUGCCAAGGUUAAUUGUGUGAAAGAAGACACCAUCAAGUUCUGUUCAGAAGGAAAUGCAUACUUCUUCAGGGGGACGAAACUACUAAGGGAAUUCCCUACAGACACCCUGUUUGAUGUCAACGCUAUUGUCGCCAACGUUUUAUUUGUUUUGCUUUAUAAUAAAGUAAAAAUAUACUACCUCCAUACUGGAACUUCAGAACUUAGAAGAUGCCAUGAAAGGAAAGAAAAACAUUAUUUUUGUCUACGUCCAGGCAGUUGGAACACCAGAGCACCGGUCCGUGAUGGAAGCCGUUUUCAUACACGGGUCAGCGCACCAGUUUGUUCUGACUACAGAGUCCAGCUUAUUGAAGAGUAUGAGCACAGAGGAGCCCAGCCAGGUAUCAGCGAAGCUUUUCUUUAUCCAUUGUAAGUCUGUGACGAGCGUGAGCCAGAAAUGUCACCAGACUGUGAUGGAACAACCCCUAACAACCAUCAACAUCCACCGCUUUCUGAAAGUCAUGGGGCUUCCCUUGGUGGGCGAAGUUUCUGGAGAUCCGGAUAAAUUCACAAGUGUUCACCUCCAGCUCGGCCUUCCCGUUAUCUUCAUUGUGAGCCAGCAGGAGACAUAUGACUCUGAUUUGGAGACAGCAGAAGAAGUGGCCCGGCAACUUCUAGGGAAUGCCGGUGUUGCCAUUUUACUCAGGGAGAAGGUUGCUGUCCAAAUCCCUCCCGAUACUAAUGUGGGCAUAAAAAGAGCAGAAGAGAAUUCUCUAGUGAAAUACUUGAAGCUAGAGGACAUCCAGCAAAUUCGGAAUCUUCUACUUGUCACAACUAAUGACGAGGAAACGGAGAAAACUAAAGACAAUACCGCUGACCCCGAGAACCAGGAUGAUGAGGUAGCGGAAACCGUAUAUAGAGAUAGAAAUCGCAGCUUACCCCAGCAGCUGGUACCUUCCAUGACAGAUGAGACGUUCAAGAUGGUUCCACUCAGCCCUCGUCACACGGCCGUUCUCUUCUACAUGAGCUGGGAUCCUGUAUCAUUGUCAUUCUUGGAAUCAUUUGCAAACAUGGCAGUAAAAUAUAAAGACCUGCAGGAUGUGUCUUUGGCCAGAGUGAACUGCGCAGAUUGGACAGAUGUGUGCACUAAGGAGAAUAUUACCAUCAUUCCUGUGAUAAAGAUCUACCAGAUGGGACAGGAGCCAAUUUUGUACACGGGAAUGAUGGGAACGGAUGAAUUGGCCAACUUUCUCAUGCUGAUGACGCAGGAAUGCCCCCUGCAGCUGAAUACAGUGGAAGAAGCAGAAGAUUUUCUGAGUGAAAAGAUGCUGAAGAAAUCAUUACUGGAUGAUCACGUUUUAAUGCUGGGAAUAUUUACCCCGAACAUGAAAAAAGAAUCCGAUGAUUUUAUCUUUGCCGGAAAAGACCUCAGAGGUUUCGCAAGUGUGGGAAUUUACACUGGAGAGAAAACAUCUGCCCUGGCAGAGAAGUAUGACGUCCAUCCUCCAGCCGUUCUCUUUUCCAGGCAAGGUGUGCAGAAAGUCUAUGCUAUGUCCCUCCUCGACACUCCUCGCAGUGAGGUCCUUCCACUCCUAAGACGGGGAUUACUCGGAGAGUUUCCAGAGGUCAGAGUGGAGACCCUACCAUCACUCCUUCAGAGCCAGCGAGCCUUUCUUAUCCUCUUCUCAGAUGGCCCCCUCCAUCACGGCCAUGAGAAAACACAUUCUGAGCCUGGUGAGGGGGAAAUACUUGGAGCCAUAUUUGGCUUGCUGGUUAAAUCUCAAGGAAACUCCUGUGGCAUAUGAGAUCCUGAAGAAAUACUUUGGCCUGAUCCCACAUCUACCUGUGCUCAUCCUGGUUACCUUUGGUACACAAGGACAAGUGUUUGCACUCCCAGCAGAUCAGACCCUCACUGAAGUUAAUAUUUUAUAUUGGCUAGAAAUGGUGAAGGCUGGAGAGGAAGCACCAAUCUAUUCCUUAUCUAAUGAAGACUGGGGUCCUCCACUCCCAGACUACGAUUUCCUUGCCAUGAUGGAUGCCGCCGACCCUAGCUUUGCUGCUCAGAAAAUUCGAAUAAGCAUGAAGCCCCCGCAAACGUAGGAAGGCAGAACUGUCCAUCGAUGACGAAGGUGCAGGCGCCAAACGUCGGACGGGAAGAAAUUUGCGUGGAACCGUUCCAAGGUUCUUGGAGCUUGAAGAGGUUUCUGAGCAGCAUACAGAACUUUGA